AUGACCUCCUCCAACCCCAAAUUUUGGCCGCCACCAAACCUCCCAGCAGAGUGCAGAGAGCAGCACGCCGCCACCAAAUCCUCCCGUAUCCAUUCCCGUCGCCGCCCGAAUCGGGAUCCCGUCUCCAUUCCAGUCGUCGGCCGCCCUCCCCCUGCUACUCCUCUGCUCUGCGCCUCCAAGUCCCCACCUCCCUGCCGGGCGCCGACGGUCGACGUUCGAACUUCGAAUCCAUACCGCGCGCGCGCCGCCCUCCCCCUGCUACUCUGCUCUGCGCCUCCACAUCGCCGCCUCCCGCCGACUCCAGUCCUGCCGCCCUUCAGUCCCGCCACCCUCCUCCUUCUCCUCUGCUCUGCGCGUAGUCUCCACGUCCCGCCAACGCCGACGGUCCACACCCGCCGCCCUCCUCCUGCUUCCUCUACUCCGACCCUUCCCCUGGUUGGUGUAAGUGAACUUGUUUUUUUUUUGUUGCUGUGUGAACUUGUUUGA